UCGCGCGCAGGAAGUGUAUUAUCUCUAGGUCAAAGUUCAAAUACUUAUUACCUUGCCAAACACAGCACUGCACUGCACUGUACUAUACUGUACUGUACUGAGCUAUGAAGUUCCUGAUGGCCGUGUCUCUCCUACUAGCUCUACUGGUCCAUACUGUGCUUGCCAAUGAGGGCCACUCUGCUGCCAGUGAUACCCGCUCUGAUAGCCUAGGCUGUGUGGAGUGGGCCUACAAGACGCCUCACUGUUGCUCUCCCCCUGACUGCCACUUCAUGGUUGGCUGGAGAGACGGAGAGGACCAAGGAACCAUUGAAUUCCAUCUUAUUGCCACGGUGACUCGGAACACCUCCGUGUGGGCUGCUCUAGGAUUCUCUGACGACAGAUCGAUGGGCAACAGUGAUGUGGUGGCAUGCUGGGUGCCUGAGGGCUCUCACCAACAGUUUAGGGAAGGCUGGAUAGAGCCUGGUUCCAGGGACAUGAGCAUUCGAGACAAGCCUGCCUUGCACUUGAAGCCCAUGAGUGUGUCUGUCACUGACAACCAGCUGCACUGCAGGUUUUCUCUUGGGAAGUACCUCAAUACAACUGUGCUCCAAGCAGGGGACCUGACUCAGCCGCUUCACAUCCUGGCUGCAUCAGGCCCACUCCUCUCAGCCGAUAAUGACCUCUCAAUGGCCCCCCACACCAGUAAGACGGCCUCACCCUGCAAGUGCAAUGUCACCGAUUGUGAGAAGGCCUGUAUUUGUAUGGGCGAUGUGCAGUACCUCCUCUUGAAACUACACGGAGUGGUGAUGACGAUAGCCUUUGUGUUCUUCAUGCCUGUUGGAGCGUUGGUCUCGAGGUACUACCGUAUCGUGUUUGCCAGCUCCUGGUUCAGGGCCCAUGUGACAAUGAUGUUGUUUGGAGUCUUGUGUGGACUGGCUGGUCUUGGGCUGAUACUGGGUCACACCGGUGGUAGCUUCACUGUGGGUUAUCAUCAGAUGGUGGGUGUGGUCUGUCUCUCCCUCAGUGUUGUACAGCCACUGCUAGGAAUAGUGAGACCAGCUGUAGGUCCUACACUAAGGAGGAAGUUGUUCAAUGUUUUCCAUCGAGUAAUGGCCCUCCUGAUUCUCAACCUGGGAGUGGCAGCAUUGUUGUUGGGCAUAUACAUCUUCCACAGCGUCCAGAUGAUAUGGAUGCUAGCUGCCCUCGGCCUCUCAGUGGUCACCAACAUGGGAUUCAUGCUUCUACUGGAACUACUCACCAGGACUCAGAAAUUCUCUAGCACGUUGCUGCCACCUGUUGGCUAUCACAAGGUCACUAAACACGAUGAGCUCAGUGAGUCAGAGGAGGAAGUAUACGUACGAGACAUACCCUCUAAGAUGACGAAGCCCAAACAGAAGUCUGAGCCAUAUCGCUUUGAGCAAGCGCUUCUUAUGUUGUUUGUCAUUCAGAGUUUCUGUUUCGCCGUUGCCAUUGCUGGUCUGAUAUACUUUUAUGACUCUUCUGGCAUGUGAACACUGUUGACUGUCAUGUGAACACUGUUGACUGUCAUGUGAACACUGUUGACUGUCAUGUGAUAUCAUUUGGCUUUAUCAAUUAUAAUUUCUACUGUAUAUAAUAUCAUAUAGUUAGUUAUACAUGAGCUUUCAAUUUCAAUUUCCAAAUACAACAACAACGUGUUUGCUACAAUUAAUAAACUUUGUCAAUGUAAAA